AUGGCCGAGCAGUUGGUUCUCCGUGGCACCCUUGAGGGCCACUCUGGCUGGGUUACCUCCCUCGCUACCUCGCUCGAGAACCCUAACAUGCUCCUGUCCGCCUCGCGCGACAAGACGCUGAUCAUCUGGAACCUCACCCGCGACGAGACCUCGUACGGUUACCCUAAGAGGAGCCUCCACGGCCACUCCCACAUCGUCUCCGACUGCGUUAUCUCCUCUGACGGUGCCUACGCUCUCUCCUCGUCCUGGGACAAGACCCUCCGCCUCUGGGAGCUCUCCACCGGUGUCACCACCCGCCGCUUCGUCGGCCACACCAACGACGUUCUGUCCGUCUCUUUCUCCGCCGACAACCGCCAGAUCGUCUCCGGUUCGCGCGACCGCACCAUCAAGCUCUGGAACACCCUCGGUGACUGCAAGUACACCAUCACCGACAAGGGCCACACCGAGUGGGUAUCCUGCGUCAGGUUCUCGCCCAACCCCCAGAACCCCGUCAUUGUCUCCGCUGGUUGGGACAAGCUCGUCAAGGUUUGGGAGCUCGCUUCUUGCCGCAUUCAGACCGACCACAUCGGCCACACCGGCUACAUCAACACCGUCACCAUCUCCCCCGAUGGUUCUCUCUGCGCCUCCGGUGGCAAGGACGGAACAACGAUGCUCUGGGACCUGAACGAGUCCAAGCACCUGUACUCUCUCACCGCCGGUGACGAGAUCCACGCCCUUGUCUUCUCGCCCAACCGCUACUGGCUGUGCGCUGCCACCUCCUCCAGCAUCAUCAUCUUCGACCUUGAGAAGAAGUCCAAGGUUGACGAGCUGAAGCCCGAGUACAUGGAGGUUGGCAAGAAGAGCAGGGAGCCCGAGUGCGUCUCCCUUGCCUGGAGCGCCGACGGCCAGACUCUGUUCGCUGGUUACACCGACAACAAGAUCCGCUGCUGGGGCGUCAUGUCGAGGGCAUAA